AUGUCCAGAACCCCCGCGUCAACCAGCGCCCUGCAGACCCUCCGACAACGAUACCAAACGGCUCUGCAUAAUUUCACCGCCUCCUCGAAGCCGUUUGGAGUCCUUGACACAAUCACUCCUCCACUACCUCCCUCUACCAAACCAGUCACUCUCUUUGUGCUAGAUUCCUCCUUCAACCCACCUACCCGCGCCCACCUCCGCAUCGCAAAGUCCGCUCUCCUCUCCCGCCACCACAAUGACUUGUCGACGAGCCGCCUACUCCUCCUUCUGGCAACCCAGAAUGCCGAUAAGCCAUCCAAACCGGCACUCUUCGAAGACCGUCUGGUUAUGAUGAACAUGUUCGCUCAUGAUUUGCAAGAUGCAAUCCUCUCCACGGUUGCGACCGAUGACGUCGGUAACACUGGCUAUAUGAGUCCGCCCAUAGACAUUGGCGUUACCAAGCUACCCUACUUCAUUCACAAGGCUGUUGCCAUAUCUUCCUCUGGGACGUACCCGGCGGAUUUGGAGCAAGUCCAUCUUACAGGGUAUGACACCCUGAUCCGGAUCUUUGACCCAAAAUAUUACCCGCCUGAACACACUCUUGGACCACUGGCUCCGUUUCUCAAGCAGCAUCGGUUACGGGUGACAUUGAGGCCGGAUGAUGAGUGGGGUGGCAGCGAGGAGCAGAGAAGGUUUCUUGUGGAUUUGGCGAGUGGGACGAUGGAGAGGAUUGGUGGGAAACGGGAGUGGGCAGAGAGGAUUGAGAUUGUGGAGGGUACAAAGGAGGGAGAGGAGGUUGUUAGUUCGACAAAGGCAAGGCGGGAGGCGGGUAAAGGGAAUGGGGAAGCGUUGGGAAAUUUGGUUACGAAUAGAGUGAGGGAUUGGGUGUUGGCGGAAGCGCCGUAUAGGGACGGAUAG